UCUUCAAUGGGAAGUUUUUCUUAAACUAGUAUUAUGUAGAAUUAAUCACUAAUAGAAAAUUUCUCCUGAAAUUAAUUUUUACAUUAAACAUUAGCUAGAAUUAAGAAUUUUGAAAUUUUAAAUUUGAGUUUAUCAUAAAAUAUAUAUAUCUUGUAUACAGAAAAAUGAUUAUAUAAAAUUGGGAUACCAUGUUAUUUCUAUUUUUUCCAAUAAUUUAUUACUAAUUCAAUAUUUUUAUUCUAAAUUUCAGCACAUCAUGUUGGAUUUUUUUCAAGAUGAAAAUGUUGAAAUUUAAUAUCAAAAUACUGAAAUGACAUUCAAUUAUUAAUAAUGAAUAUAAAUGACAUAAUGUUUUUCUGUUUAUGGUUUAGUAAAAUUUUAUAUGGUGGUAACUUAAACAAAAAGAAUCUUUUGUUUUGAUUUUAAAAAAAAAGCAACUCCCAUUUGAGUCUUGAUUAUAAAUUAUUAUUGUAAAUUAUUCUUUAAUACAUGUGUAAUUAUCAACACACAUAAUUGUUUAAUCUGUUAUGUUCUACAGCUGCAUCUAUUACACACACCCAAGUUAUCUGGUAGAUUCCUAAAGGUUACUCCUUAAAAUCCCAAUUCCAGCAGAACCCUAAUUUUCCCAAGAUUUGAUCAACUUUCUCUACCCUACAUCAACCUCUCCCGGUGCUGUCUAUGAGGUGAGACAAGUUGGAUGAUGGGAAACUUACCAGGUCAUCUGCGCACCUGCUUGCACACUGGAAAACUUGCACUUUUGGCUAUUUUAGUUUCAGGAGGAAUUGUAUUGCAAAUCCUGGCGUGUGCUCUAUACAAUAAUUGGUGGCCAAUGCUGACUGUCAUAAUGUAUGUGCUUCUUCCAAUGCCUUUGUUGUUCUUUUCGGGCUCUGAUGCUUCUUCUCUUUUAUCUGAAUCCGACAACGGUUGGGUCAAUGCAACAAAGUUCUUGACUGGAGCUUCAGCAGUUGGAAGCAUUGCUAUACCGGCUAUCCUAAAGCACGCUGGAGUUAUCGGUUGGGGCGCACUGGCAAUGGAACUUUCAUCUUAUUUUGUAUUUGUACUAGCCAUAAUGUGUUGUAUUCGAAUGAAUGAUGAUGAUGAUUACAGUUUCCUCUGAAUCAUUGAUCAAUUCAGUUCCCCACCUGCAAUCAUGUAAAGCAUUUGUCAAAGUUAAUUCAGAUGAGGCUCUUUCAUUCCUGUUUUGACGAGCUUCAUUUCCAUUGUUUUUGUAGAUGAUUGGAUCCAUGUAAUUAGUGGGAUUGUUGUGCUUGAAGUUUGAAACACUUACGUGGAGAUUGAACUUGCUUUCAAAUUGAAGCAUCAUUAGAUGGAAUGAAAGUGAUUUACUGA